UUUCAAUAUUCACCCGGUACAACACAGAAGGAGUGGCUUAAACCCAUGAAAACAGCCCAUUAAACCCUCGAACGCAACUUCACUUCUAGCGCAGACCGCGAUAAUACGGGGUGACUUAACCCCUUUAAACCCAUAAACACAACUGGGCAAGCGGCCUAAGGUUGUUUGUUUUGUGGGUUGAGGAUGAAUAAUCUGAAGCUUUAUUCAGAUCUCUCUCUGAAUCUGGAGUUGAGAUCAGCCGAAGAAGUUGUCUCUUUCUCUGCGUUCGAUAUUGAACGCAACCGCUUGUUUUUUGCUUCUUCCGAUAAUUUCAUAUACACCACGCAGCUUCCUUCAUCACAAAAUGAAAGGGUAUGGGGCAAAACCUCUUCAUAUUCUAAGGUUGAGCCUAUUGAUUUGGAACCUGGGGACUUCAUUACUGCCUUUGAUUAUCUCAUGGAGAAAGAAGCACUUAUAGUGGGAACUUCUAGUGGGCUUCUUUUGCUGCAUAAUGUGGAUGAUAAUGUGAUAGAAGUUGUUGGUAGGGUGGAGGGUGGUGUCAAGUGCCUUUCGCCAAGCCCAGAUGGAGAUCUACUUGGUAUAAUAACUGGUUUUGGGCAGAUAGUAGUGAUGACUCAUGAUUGGGAUGUGUUGUAUGAGAAUACGCUUGAUGAUCUGCCUGAAGAUGUUGACUUAAGUGAACCAACCUUUUCUUCCUGUUAUAUUUCUUGGCGUGGUGAUGGGAAAUACUUUGUGACUCUGGGGGAAUUGCACACUUCUUCCUCACACAAGAAGCUUAAGGUUUGGGAAAGAGAUACAGGAACGCUGCAUGCUGCUUCAGAAUCAAAGGCUUUCAUGGGAACAGUUUUGGAUUGGAUGCCUAGUGGAGCUAAAAUUGCUUCUGUUUAUGACAAGAAAGUUGAAAAUAAGUGUCCCUUAAUAGUUUUCUUUGAGAGGAAUGGAUUGGAAAGAAGCUCUUUUAGCAUUAAUGAGCUAACUGAUGCAAAAGUAGAAAUUUUAAAGUGGAAUUGCAGUUCAGAUCUUCUUGCAGCUGUUGUUAGAUCUGAAACAUUUGACUCUGUUAAAAUAUGGUUCUUCAGCAAUAAUCAUUGGUACCUGAAACAAGAAAUUAGAUACUCGAGGGAGGAUGGAGUUAAAUUCAUGUGGCAUCCGACAAAGCCACUGCAGCUGAUUUGUUGGACUCUUGGUGGCGAAGUCACAGUCAACAGCUUUGUCUGGGUUACAGCUGUUAUGGAGAACUCAACAGCAUUAGUAAUUGAUGAGUCCAAGAUACUAGCAACCCCUCUUUCCCUUUCUCUAAUGCCACCACCGAUGUAUUUAUUUAACCUAAAGUUUUCAAGUACUAUUAGGGACAUUGCUUUUUAUACCAAGAAUUCUAAGAAUCUUUUGGCUGCAUUUUUGUCAGAUGGAUGUUUGUGUGUUGCAGAGCUUCCUCCUCUUGAUACUUGGGAAGAACUUGAAGGGAAAGAAUUAAGUGUUGAUGCCUCCUCUUCUGAAACAAUAUUUGGGUCAUUUGUACAUCUCAUAUGGUUGGAUGCACAUAUACUUCUUGGUGUUUCUCAUUUUGGGUUCAGUCAUAGCAAUUACUUUUCACAAACUCCAUCUAGCAAGGAUAUGCUUCAUGGGUAUUAUUUGCAGGAAAUUGAGCUUUUGUGUUCUGAGGAUCAUGUCCCAGGUUUGGGAACCUGCUCAGGUUGGCAUGCAAAGAUCACCAAUCAAAUACCUCUAGAUGGGCUUGUAAUUGGCCUUGCUCCUAAUCCCACAAAAAAGUGUUCAGCAUUUGUUCAGUUUGAUGGUGGCAAAGUCUUUGAAUAUAUACCAAAUUUAGGCAUCAUGGGAGGAGCUCCAAAAACUGAGGAUAUGAGUUUGUCAUCAUCUUGCCCUUGGAUGAGUGUAGUUCCUGUGGGUGACAGUGGAUCAUCAAGGCCUUUGCUUUUUGGGCUUGAUGACAAUGGUAGGCUGCAUGUUGGUGGGAAGAUAAUAUGUAACAACUGCAGAAGUUUCUCAUUUUACUCAAAUUCGGCUGAUCUAGCGAUAACACAUUUGAUUCUUGCAACUAAACAGGAUUUACUCUUUGUUAUUGACAUUGACGACAUUUUGGAUGGAAAAUUGGAAGUAAAAUAUGAAAACUUCAUCCAUGCUGGUAAUAAAAGACGCGAAGAAGAUAAUAGAAAUUUUAUAACUAUAUGGGAAAGAGGUGCUAAAGUUAUUGGUGUCCUUCAUGGAGAUGAAGCUGCUGUUAUAUUACAAACAGCUCGAGGAAACCUAGAAUGCAUCUAUCCAAGAAAAUUGGUCCUGGCCUCAAUAAUUAAUGCUUUGGUUCAAAGUCGUUUCAGAGAUGGGCUACUCAUGGUGAGGCGGCAUAGGAUAGAUUUCAAUGUCAUUGUCGACCAUUGUGGUUGGCAAGCCUUUCUCCAGUCAGCUGCAGAGUUUGUCAGGCAGGUAAAUAAUCUGAGCUACAUCACUGAGUUUGUUUGUUCCAUCAAGAAUGAGACUAUUACAGAGACUUUAUACAAAAAUUAUAUAUCCCUACUGUGCCCGAGGGAGGCUAAAGAUGUCCAAGCUGGAGAUUUCAAGGGUUCAAAUAAUAAUAACAAAGUUUCUUCAGUUCUGAUGUCUAUAAGGAAGGCUCUUGAGGAACUAGUACCGGAAAGUCCUGCAAGGGAGCUUUGCAUUCUGACUACUCUAGCUCGAAGUGAUCCCCCAGCUCUUGAAGAAGCAUUGGAGAGAAUAAAACUUAUCCGGGAAAUGGAACUAUUAGGUUCUGAUGAUCCACGUAGAAAGUCUUACCCUUCUGCAGAAGAAGCUCUGAAGCAUCUUUUGUGGUUGUCUGAUUCUGAGGCGGUCUAUGAAGCUUCUUUAGGCCUUUAUGAUUUGCACCUUGCAGCUAUUGUGGCAUUGAACUCUCAACGGGACCCAAAAGAAUUUCUUCCCUUUCUUCAAGAACUGGAACGCAUGCCUGUUCACUUGAUGCGAUAUAAUAUUGACAUUAGAUUGCGCAGGUAUGAGAGUGCUCUCAAACACAUCGCUUCUGCAGGGGAUGCUUAUUAUGCAGAUUGUUUGAACCUCAUGAAGGAAAAUCCCCAACUUUUUCCAUUGGGACUUCAACUGAUCACUGAUCCUGCCAAGAAAAAAGAAGUGCUUGAGGCCUGGGGAGAUCAUUUUAGUGAUGAAAAAUGCUUUGAAGAUGCUGCUACUACUUAUUUGUGCUGCUCUGGUUUGGAGAAAGCUUUGAAGGCAUAUCGUGCAUGUGGUAAUUGGAGUGGUGUAAUGACGGUUGCUGGUCUCCUUAAAUUGGGAAAAGAAGAGAUUGUGCAACUGGCACAUGAGCUUUGUGAAGAACUCCAGGCACUUGGUAAACCAGGGGAAGCUGCCAAAAUUGCUCUGGAUUACUGUGGAGAUGUUAAAAGUGCUAUCAAUUUAUUGGUCAGUGCGCGAGAUUGGGAGGAGGCACUAAGGGUUGCGUUUAUGCACAGGUGUGAUGAUUUAAUCUCAGAAGUGCAGAAUGCAUCUCUGGAAUGUGCCACUCUGCUCAUUGGUGAAUAUGAGGAAGGUCUGGAGAAAGUAGGAAAGUACUUAGCCCGCUACUUAGCUGUUCGGCAGAGAAGAUUACUACUUGCAGCAAAGCUUCAAUCAGAAGACCGGUCGAUAAAUGAUCUUGAUGAUGAUACUGCUUCAGAAGCUAGCAGUAGUUUCAGUGGAAUGAGUGCUUACACCACAGGGACAAGGAAAGGCUCUGCUGCUUCCAUUAGUUCAAGUACGGCAAGCAAGGGAAGAGGAAUGAGGCGUCAAAGGAAUAGAGGAAAAAUCCGUGCUGGAAGCCCUGGUGAGGAGAUGGCUCUGGUAGAGCAUUUGAAGGGCAUGUAUCUUACCCCUGGAGCAGAGCGUGAACUUAAAUCUCUGUUGGUUUCCCUUGUGAUACUUGGCAAGGAAGAAAUGGCGAAGAAGCUACAACGAACAGGAGAGGCCUUUCAACUGUCUCAAAUGGCAGCAGUCAAACUAGCUGAAGAUACAAUGCCUAAUGACAACAUAGAUGAGUAUGCACAUACUUUGGAGAACUACAUACAGAAAUUAAGAAAUGAACAGCAGUCAGAUGCUUUUGUUUGGCGGUCUAAAGUGCUGCUUUCUUCAUAACAGCCUGACUGUUGGUCAUGCUGAUGUCUGUACCCGGUUUUAGAUUUUCCUGAUGAAGCAUUGUGCUGACGAGAGAACAGAGGAAGCAGAGAGGAUGAAUUCCUUCUAUGGAAACUUUUCCCUACUGGAACCAUCUCUAUUCUUGAAUUUCGAGCCAGUUUAUUGGAUCAUGUAUUUGCUUAGAUGCACUCCCAAAAACGCUCUCUGGGAGUUGUAUUUCAUUUUUGUUUUACCUUUUUUUCCCCAUUUUUAACAUAAGAAAUUCAGUAGUUUAAUCCUUUUUGUAGUGGGUAUUCCUGAGUAGUGAUUUUUCAAAUAGUUGGAUAUGUACUUCAAGAGCCUCUAGUGCUGCUGCUUUUGAUUAUUCAACUUAAAAACACUUCCAUGAUGUAAAAUAUUGAAAAUAGUAAUUCACUUGUUAAUGGUAGCCAUGCUUGGCCCCAAAGAUGUUCAAAA